AUGUGGUGGUUGGGACUUCAAGAACUAGCCUGGGAAGCAGACGAGCUCCAGAAAAGCAGCGACCAGGUGAAUUGGUCAUCUACUGUUCCCUAUUACAAUCAAAUGUCAGGACGGCAACUGGCUUUGCUGGGACUGUUCGGUGCUCUUCUCGGGGGAAUAUUGUACCGUAUCCUGACAAAGAACAAUCCUCGUUCAUCAGAAGUUAUUCCUCAUGCUCCUUUUAUGAAUGAAACCAAAACCGAAAAAGCAAUCUUGAAGAAACUCGAAGCGAAUGGUCAAUGCUUCAACGUCAUCGAUCGCUAUGAGCUGGCUUCGGGAAGGUUGAUGGCAUAUCGUGGAUUACGCAGUAUUGGUGCAGGAGAAGUACUUUUACUAUCCGAGGCUCGAAUCAUUCCUCCUUAUCCGAUGACAUGGAGCAACUUCAACAGCAAGACAUGGAGAUUGCACAAACAGACUGUUCGCCUCUCGUAUGCCCGAAUGAUGAUUGCCGGCUCAUUCUUUAGUGGGGCGCUCGAUUAUGGCUCAAAAGAUGUUCAAAAUAUUCUCAUCAUUGGCUUAGGUGGAGGCAUCAUCAGUAAUUUCUACAGUACAAUUCAGCAUUUAAAGCUGAAUGUGACAACCAUCGACAUCGACCCCGUUAUGAAAGUGAUCGCCGAGAAGUGGUACGAAUUCGAAGAAACUCAAUUGCAACGAAUAAUUGUUGACGAUGGGCUUCGCUAUAUUCGUCAGGCAGUAAGCAGAGGGGAAUUGUACGAUGUCCUUCUGAUUGACGUCUCCUACAACGACAAUCGACCACUGAUGGCACCAGUAGAAGAAUUUCUUGCUUCGGAUGAAAUCGAGAAAAUGAACGAAGUGAUCAAGAAAGAUGGAGCCGUGAUCGUGAAUAUCGUCACCCGUCAUGAGAACAUUGACGAAGCAGACCGGGUACAUUUCGCCUUUUCGCGCCAUUUCCCGUCAUGCUACUUCAUGCAGUUUGCUAAAUUCGACAAGAUGCUGUUCUGUUCAAAAAAAGAGAAGAAUUCAUGGCUAGACAACAGGGACGAGCUGCACGACCGGUUCAGAAGGGUCGAUGAACAACUCCAGCUUGGAUUGGUUGAUGAAUUGCAGAUAAGAGCAUCGGUACAAAAUUGA